GCGCGCGUGUGUGUGUGUGUGUAUAUGUAUUUACGUAGAGAAUAAAAAUAAAAGCAUGGAUUAUAAAUAGCGUCUCAUCGAAAGCUCGUCUCGUGCCUAAUAAAUAAACAACUCUUUAAUGAGAUGGUAAUUAAUUCCUAGUAGCCUCUGGUGAAGUCUCGAACGAUAAUCGAUCAAUAAUAUCUACAUACGUCUUCUCGUAAAAAAAAAAAAAUAAAAAGAAGAAAAGAAAAAAAGGAAAAACAGAAAAAUUUUCUUUCUUGUUCUUUCUUUCUCUCUUUCUCUCUCUCUCUCUCACACACACACUACUCCGAAGAGUGUAUCUGAAAAAAGAAACAAUGAUCGCAAAAAAAAUGAUGUAGCGUCUCUCGUCGAGACAUAAAUAAAUACCUAUAAUAUAUACUUGCGUCCAAUCCUCAUCCCACCCAACCCCUCUCCAAUAUCUCCACCACCACCAUCACCCUGUACACUCGUUUUUAUUGCUCAUUAAAUAGUAAACCUAUCAGUUAACGACGAAUUCUAGAAAUGGUGCGAAAUAAAAAGAUGAAGAUACCAAUGUCUGUAAGAGAAUAAAACCAAUCUCUUCCUUCAAUUCAUCUUCCUCCCUCUCCCCCUCCAUCUCCCCUCUUAACCCGACCCCGAAGAUAUUUUAUUCUCUACCAACGGAUUUCGCGAGUUUGCGUUCUCGACUUUCCCCACUCGCGGCCAAGUGUUUUCACUUCUUUACGAGUGUGCCCGCGCUUAUGUUAGUGCCGAUCCAAACAUCGCGUAGCAAACUCGACGAUCUCGAAAGAGAGAGACAAAAAGAGAGGCCGAAAGAGAGAAGGAGAGAGAGGGAGAGAGUGAGAGAGAGAGAGAGAGAGAGAGAAAAAGGGAGAGAGAGAGAGAGAAAGAGAGUGUUAUCCUCCUCUCGAUUUUGAAGUGUGAUUUUGAAUUAAUAAGAUCCAAAAAAAAAAAGCGAAAGAAAAAGAAAAAGAAAAUACAAUAAAAUAAAAUAAUCGAGAAGACUUGAUUUCAAGAAGACGAACGAAAAAUGUCGAUCAUACGGACGAUCUUAACGUUUUGCGUGCUGGUGGUCGUGAUCACGCAAGCGAAGCCUACGAUUUACAAGAGAAAUCAGGACAACGUUUUUGAACCAGUAAUGAUACCCGUGUCUUCUACCGUAAUCCCAUUGCCAGUUUAUAAAGUUGAAUAUGGAUUAGGUUUUAUAUCAAAAGAUAAGAAAGCUCAAUCCUCGUUCAAACCAGAUGGCACUGUGAAAUUAAUUACAAUUAAAAAAAGUCAAGAAAAGAAAAUUUAAUUUGGAUCGUUUCGAUGAUAAAUAUAUAAAUGAUUCGUAAUGAUAAAUAAAUUUAAUGUAAUUUAGAGAGCUUAUUAUAAUUCUGCGCAAACGUUGAUAUCGUUUUUAACAUAAGUUUAAAUGCUUUACACCAAAAAUUAAUUUAUCUCCAACACAUUUCUUCUUAAUAAUUAAUUUUAUUUACUCUGAAUAAUGUUUUAGUAUAUAUUAUAUAUACACACAUAUGUACAUACUAAUGGAUUAUAUGUAGCAGAAGUAAAAAAAAUUAUAUUUGUUUUAUACUUAUAUUAAUUAAAAUCAAAAUAGAAUCUUUGUUAAUGAUUUUUAGAUUUAUUUAUCGAACAGAGAAUGUACAAAAGCAUGUUGUCCCUUUUACAUCCUUGUAAAUAUGAUUUUAAAUAUUUCAUAUGUCCAAUCAAUUAAAUUUUGCACACAUACAUAUAUGCAAGUUUGUAUAAGGAUGUAAAAGGUAUAUACUAGUAAUGCGUGU